AUGGCAGAGCCAGCCCUCGAUGCGCCCCUGCUGCCCAGCGACGACAGCCUAAUGGUGGAUGCCACCGACAUGGACCCGACACUCGUGUUUGACCAGGAGGAGCAGGUGGGCACAGCCCUCGAUGCGCCCCUGCUGCCCAGCGACGACAGCCUAAUGGUGGAUGCCACCGACAUGGACCCGACACUCGUGUUUGACCAGGAGGAGCAGUUUGCAGCGAACAGGGUGUUCAGCCGCGGCAGAGUCGCUGCCACCUACGACCAGGACGCUGCUCCGCCUGCCCAGGACAGCGUCUUCAGCAUCAAGUCCGAAUAUGAGCUGGCAGCCGAGGGCCCUGAGCCCAGCACCAAGGGAGACACUAGCCAUGCCCAGCCCUCCGCACCGGAGCAGGAGCCAGAGCUGGAGGUGAAGCUGGAGCCGAAACCAGAGCUGAAGCUGGAGCUGAAACCAGAGCCAGACCAGAAGCAGAAGCCAAAACUGGAGCUGAAACCAGAGCCAGAGCCAGAGCCAAAGCUGACACCAGCGGUGGAGCUGAAGCCGGAGCAGGAGUUGGUUGCUGGAACAACACAGGAGAACAAAAGCGAGGGCCCGAGAGAGCCAGGGGAGAAGCUGCCCGUCCCGAUGGAGCAGGCUAUGCCCGCAGGCCCCAGCACAACACAGGCCGUGAUCCCUGGCCCCACGCUCACGGCCGCCCCGAGCCCCGCCACUACCGUGGCCAAAGGCAUCCAGGCCCUGUUGGGCUGCAAGGUGGGGCAGCUCGUGCUGCGCAGCAUGGACCGGGCGCUGGACACCUCUGAGGAGUGCCUGCGCAACCGCGCCCUGGCCCUGGCCCGCAGCAAGCUGCAGCGCACCCGGCGCAACGUCCGCCAGAGCCUCUCCCAGCUGCACCAGACGGUCGACUUGCCCAGGUAG